CCUAACCACAUUUUUCACUCAGAUCCACUGAUCUUCAACCAAUCGCAUUGUUAGUUGCCUCCAAUGGCGACUGAGAUCUCAUUCCCCGGAAUUUUCUUUUGCAGUGCUUUGGCGGCUUGUUUUGCUGAGUUCUGUACUAUUCCUCUAGACACUGCUAAAGUUAGGCUUCAGCUACAAAAGAGAACAGCUUCAGGGGAAGAGGCAGGAGCAUCUAAGUACAAGGGUAUGUUGGGUACGAUUGCUACUAUUGCUAGGGAAGAAGGGUUAUUAGCACUUUGGAAAGGAGUAAUACCUGGAUUACAUCGCCAGUGUCUCUAUGGAGGUUUAAGGAUUGGGUUGUAUGAGCCAGUUAAAGCCUUUUUGGUUGGAAGCAGUCAUGUUGGAGAUGUUUCCUUAUUCAACAAAAUACUUGCUGCAAUGAUAACUGGUGCUCUAGCAAUUGCAGUGGCUAAUCCAACUGAUCUUGUGAAAGUUCGCCUUCAAGCAGAAGGUAAAUUGCCACCUGGAGUACCUAGGCUUUAUUCUGGGGCCUUGGAUGCUUAUCACACCAUAGUGAAACAGGAAGGAUUGGCAGCUUUGUGGACUGGGCUAGGGCCCAAUAUUGCACGAAAUGCUAUUAUAAAUGCUGCGGAACUGGCUACUUAUGAUCAAGUGAAACAGACAAUAUUGAAAAUUCCAGGGUUCACAGACAAUAUUUUGACCCAUUUAUUAGCUGGCAUGGGUGCUGGGUUCUUCGCAGUUUGUGUCGGUUCUCCUGUUGACGUGGUGAAAUCUAGAAUGAUGGGAGAUUCAAUAUACAAAAGCACCUUAGAUUGUUUCGUUAAAACUUUGCAGAUUGAGGGACCCUCUGCUUUCUAUAAGGGAUUUCUCCUCAAUUUUGGUCGGCUAGGGUCUUGGAAUGUCAUCUUGUUUCUGACUCUCGAGCAGGUCAAAAAACUCUUUACAUGGGAAGUUUAAACUAUAUUACCGAGUAUUUACGUCUGCAAGUAGGAAGAGUUUUAGCUUAUGCUUGGAAUAUGCCCCAGCGGUUGAAACCUUCGUGGCAGAAGUAAGGUUCCCUUUGCUAUCAGUUGCUUGUGUUUCAAAGUUAAGAGAUAGAGGAGCCAAUUCUUUGAGACUAGAAGUAACCUACGAACUUGAUUUAUCAAUGGCAUUUCGCAGCAUCUUGAAAACACCCUUCUCUGGUAAAAUGAGCUGCUCUGCUCCUAUUUAUCUUACCUCCAAGAGCUUACUAUAAAGCAAAACCGGUGGCAAUAUUUUGUGCAUUACAAUGGAUCUUGUCAUAUUGACAGCAUUGUAGGGAAAGACCAAUACGUCAAGUAUCUACGAAAGACCAAUACGUCAAGUAUAUACCAAAGAGCUGGGAAAUAACAUACAACUUCAUAAUCUUAUAAAAUGCAUAAGUGGCCAA